GCCAGUUCCAUUCUCUCUGGCCGCCAAAUCACACUUAUUUUCUUUCCUUUUCGCCAUUGAUUCGCUUACCUGUUUUAAACUUGCAAGUCCCUUAUAAGUAUCGCGUUCCCAUUUCAUCUUCAGAAUCCCCUUUUCUCAGAAUUCCAUUUAUUAAGAUUUAUGCUUUUGGUCAGAUGAGUGAAAAUCUUGACAGCCGUUGGUGAAAGCAUCAAAUCUUUGAUGGAAGCAAUGGAUUUAUGGCCUGUGAAAUACUCCGAAAAUCGACAUGUCACCAAGAAACUCGUUAAACUCUCAAAUCAAAAGCACAGAAAAACCCAUGAAGAAUUGAAUUUUAAUGGCCCUAGAAUCGUUCGAAUAUCGGUCACUGAUCCUUUUGCAACAGAUUCCUCCAGUGAUGAAGAUGACGAGCUUUUCCAUCGGCGGCGAGUUAAGAAGUACGUCAAUGAAAUCAAAUUAGAACCAGCUAGUAAAAGCCAUGCCAACGCCAUCAGUAGCAGUUCUAAUGGCAAGAAGAGUCUUCAACAAAAGAAGAAGCCGAUGAAGGUGAAAGAGGCGGCGCCGGCGAAUGGUGGCGUUAGAAAGUUCAGGGGUGUUAGGCAGCGGCCUUGGGGAAAAUGGGCGGCGGAGAUAAGAGAUCCAUCCCAGAAAGUUAGGCUUUGGUUGGGCACCUAUGAUACGGCGGAGGAAGCUGCAAUGGUAUAUGACAACGCCGCCAUUAAACUUCGUGGACCGGAUGCUUUAACUAAUUUCAGCCAUUUUCCGGCAGAGGAGAAGCCAGAAAUUAAUGUGACUUCAGUUUCCGGCUACGAGUCCGGUGAUGAGUCACGCAAUCUUUGUUCUCCAACUUCUGUUCUCGAGUCCAGAAGUAGUCAACAGUCAAGUGAAGACCGAGCCGAACCGGUUGCAAACUUGUGCAAACCGGCUGAACCUUGUGCAUCGGUUGAUGGACCGGCUUUGGAAACCGGGUCGGCUAAUGAACCGGUUCUGGAAUUUGAAAAUUAUUGUUAA